GCUGCGUUUCACUUCCAACAAGGUGGACCAGAAGAUAGACACGAUCCAUACAGCAGUUCUAAUGUGAAAUCAACAAAUGUACAUAUCAAACAGCAGAUGGAAUUUGCUAUCAGUCAGCAGGACUAUGUUAGUGUGUUCAGAUGGAUCUUAAUAAGGUCAUUAGUUAAUAAGCAAUAUAACUUGUUAGCAGACUGCUGGAGGUUGUUACACAGCACUGCAUACCAGAUUGAAUAUAUAAUGGAACUCAAUAAAUCUAUGCAGGACUUGAUUAUCUCUGAUUUAGAAACAACGGGAACUCUGGCAGCUGCCCAAGAACGUAAAAGACACCCUCCACCACCAGAUCCUAAUAAACCCAAAAAAGCAAACCAGGAAGAGCCACCUCCACCUCCUCCACCAGAAGAACGAGUCAGUUACUUUAUUAGUACUACCAGUAGUAUCAUGUUUACAUAUGUACAGAAUGUGAUAUGGGUGUUAUGGAAGAGACUGAAUCAAGGCAUUCGAAAGCUUAAAAGCACAUACUACUGA